UGUGCAGAGGGUAGUGCUGACCUCUGCGUGGGUGCUUACCAGGGUCAGGCCUGUGUGGGCUCUGUCCCUGCCCAGCCUGGCUAGCGUGGGCUGGACUAUUGGACACUGUCAAGGUCGCUGCUGAGGGAUAGUGAGCCUCUCUGGCAGGCUGGCAGAGGGAGGUCCCGGCAGAUACACAGUGCGCGCUGAGGAGAACCUGACCAGGGGAAGGAACAGAAGACACUGGCAGCCUCCCGAAUGAGGCUCUGAGCGGUGUGGCAUUGUUUGCUCUGGCCCUCUGCCAAAGGGCUGUCAGGGACCCACUGUGGUGCUUCCUGGAAAGCUUCUGUCUGUGUGGACCUCCGCAGGAGAGAGCCUUGGCGGGCAGGGAAGAGAGAGGACAGACUCGACUGGGGCCCAACCAUGGUCGUCACUCAGCUCAGCCUUGAGUUCCGCUUUCAGGGCAAGAAACUUCGAGGCUUCAGCUGUGAGCUCACCCGCUCCCCUCAUGGUGUCCUCCCUGAGUCCGCCCUCACCACCACAUGCCAGAUUGCCAUACCCAUACUGUUGUCGGGCCUGGGCAUGAUGACGGCUGGCUUGGUGAUGAACACUGUCCAACACUGGCCAGUGUUCCAGGAGGUUAAAGACCUGCUGACGUUGGUGCCGCCUCUGGUGGGUCUGAAGGGAAACCUGGAGAUGACACUGGCGUCUCGACUCUCUACGUCUGCCAACACCGGACAAAUCGACGACCCCCAGGAGAGGUACAAAAUCAUCAGCAGCAACCUCGCUGUGGUUCAGGUGCAGGCCACUGUCGUGGGGCUCCUGGCUGCACUGGCCUCCCUGCUGCUUGGUGCGGUGUCCCGAGAGGAGUUGAAUUGGGCUAAGGUGGCAUUGCUGUGCACAAGCAGCGUCAUCACUGCCUUCCUUGCCGCCUUGGCCCUAGGAAUUCUAAUGAUCUGCAUAGUGGUUGGUGCCCGGAAGUUCGGGGUCAACCCUGAUAACAUCGCCACGCCCAUUGCAGCCAGCCUGGGAGACCUCAUCACACUAUCCAUCCUGGCCCUGAUAAGCAGCUUUUUCUACAGGCACAGAGACACAUGGUAUCUGACGCCACUGGUCUGUGUCGGUUUCAUGGCUCUCACCCCUCUGUGGAUCUUCAUCGCCAAGCAGAACCCACCCAUCAUGAAGAUCCUGAAGUAUGGGUGGUUCCCCAUCAUCCUGGCUAUGGUCAUCAGCAGUUUCGGAGGCCUCAUCUUAAGCAGAACUGUCUCUAAACAUCAGUUUAAAGGCAUGGCUGUCCUGACUCCCGUCAUCUGUGGUGUCGGUGGCAACCUGGUGGCCAUUCAGACCAGCCGCAUCUCUACCUUCCUGCACAUGUGGAGCACACCUGGCGUCCUCCCCGUCCAGAUGAAAAGAUUCUGGCCUAACCCAUGCCUCGUUUUCUGCUCUUCAGAAAUCAACUCCGUGUCAGCUCGAGUCCUGCUCUUUCUGGUGGUCCCAGGACAUCUGAUCUUCUUCUACCUCAUCUGCCUGGUGGAAGGCCAGGCAGUGACAAGCAGUAAAACCUUCGUGUUGCUGUACCUGGCGGCAGGCAUGAUCCAGGUGGUAAUCCUGCUGUACCUGGCAGAAGUGAUGGUUCGGCUGACCUGGCACCAAGCCCUGGAUCCUGACAACCACUGUAUCCCCUAUCUCACGGGACUGGGGGACCUGCUGGGCACCAGCCUCCUGGCACUGUGCUUCCUCCUGGACUGGUUAUUGAGGGGCAGAGCUGACCUUGCAGAGCUGGUUUCAGAGCUGGUUUCUGUGCCCCCCUGACUGAGGCUGCCACCUGCAGGUCCCCGUGGGACUUUCCCUCACGUCCACAGUGUCCAGCAGGCUGUUCCUCCUGCUGGGGCCUCAAGCUGCUAGAUAUCUGCCUGGGCAGUGGCCUCAUCAGUCUGCCAAGGAGACGAGCAGAUACCUUGAUUCUGAAGUUGGUAGCUGAGCCCAAGGUGGAGCCUUGACAUCAGGAGAUCUGCUUGCAAGUGUGAGUGAGUAUGUGUGCCUGGCAUGUGUGUGCACAUGUGUGGGUGUGCAUGUGUGUAUGUGUAGGGCAGGCUGUUCUAACCUGAAGAUGCCGAGGAAGAAACCUGGACUGAGCGGAGCAGGAUGGAACUCCUAGAUCUACGUCCCCAGGUCUCGGGACAACCCACGCCCUGACUUUGCUGCCAUCACUGAGCUCAGCCCACUGGACCCGCACUACUCAUGCCCUGAGCCCAGUAACUGUGCACCUUCACCCCAGUCAUCUAUACCCCAGCAUUUAAUCUAAUGACUGCUUUCUUUUUAUUUCCCCCUUUCUCUGUUUUAUAACAGAACCCUCUGUUUAGGGUCUGGAGAUCAAGAGAUGUAUAAUAAAGCGUAGCUGACAUUGCA